AUGGAUGACCUGUUGGCAAGGGUCGGCGCCCAAGCAGCGACCUUUGCCAUCCGCAGCGGCAUAACCCUCACAGCCUCCUUCGCCGUCAAACAAGUUCAACGCUACAUCGCCGAUAUCCCCAAACAAACUGGUGCCGAACUCGAAAACACGCGGAAGAGACUCGAACAGCGGAUUAGGAUCAUUACGCCUGCGUUGGAGUUGAUUGAUAUCAUCGCGGCGAGGGGGAAUACGAUAUUGGAUAGUACGGUGCGGUUGACGGCGGGGUUGAGGAGGGAUAUUCAGAGGUUUGGAGUUAGGGUGGGAGAGGUCGUUGAUGCCCGAGAAGGAGGGGGUUCGAAGGGGAAGGGAAGGGAGAAGGAGGUGAAGGAGAUUCUGGAGGGGAUGAAGGAAUUGUUGAUGAGGGUCGAGGAAGCGGUACCAUUCAUUUCACUUGCCUUGACGACAUCAGGCGCGAAUAUCUCGAGUACGCUUCCGGAGACAGUGAGUCCCUCCCGCCUUCUCCAGGCCAGCAAUUUCUUGACAAAGGCGGAUGCACGAUAUCUCGCCGAAGAUGAACCUACACAAAUCGGACCUGGGUUCACGUUGAAGUUGUAUACGAUUUUUUCCGGAAGUGAUCGGUUUGCCAAUACGAAUAGUGUGUCAGCGAGUGAUAUUACGUGGAAGGAGGAACAUGCGAAGUGUCGUGUUACCGUUAUGCGGACACCGGCACCGAUUGAGGCGGAGGCGUUGGAUGAGAUUUGGGCGGAUGAGUAUAACUAUGAACUCAACAUCGUGGAGGAUCUGAACGAUGGGAGGUAUCAUGAGGAGUUGGAGGUCGAAGGGGCGGAUAAACCGGUUAAAGAGUCGGAUGGCUUCAUUCCAGGAAGGGCACGGGCUAUUCCGGUACAUCUGCUUGCACGGUUGUUCUUCUCUGCGAGCGGAAGGUUACUGAACAUCGAGGAAGCACGAACUCCGGUGUUGGUGUUGAAACUGAAUCACUCACUUCCGCCGCCGAGAAAGUUGAUGGAACAGAUGAGGUCUGGGACGAUGCCAGAUGACGAAUUGGAGUCUGACAUCGAGGAAGAAGGUGAAGAGGAAGAGCAAGAGAGGGCUGAUGAAAAUAUCGAAUGGCUGGCUCUGGAGUUGUUCAAUGAGAACGGGGAUGAUGACUAUGAGUCCGACUUCGACGAUCUACAGAGUGACAUUGGAGAGGACGAGACUCCGUCACCGAAAGAGGACAGCGGACAUUCUCCGGGUCUGAACGCUGAAGACACGCUCUCAACAGCCGUCAACCAACUCAACAUCGGCACCCCACCACCGCGCUCCCUUCCUCCCGCCAACCUCCCUCCUCCCCGUCCUAACUCGGAUUCCAAUUCCUCCCUCGCAACCCUCUCACUCCUUGAAUACAUCCUCCGCCUCUCAGCCCUCCAAACAAGUGAACAAGAAUCCAUGCUCAACAUCACGGACGAACGUAUCUCACUCUUCCUGCGCGACGAUAAUGGCGGUGCAGCGUCACGGAGGGAACGUGAGGGUGUGGCUAUGGGAGAUCCGAGGGGUGGUGCAGGGGAUGUUUUUGCUACACCUGUUACCGUCGGGAGUUUUGGGAGUGGAAGCCGGAGGCAGGGGAGUGGACAGGGAGAAAGGAGGAGGGGUAGUGGGAUGGAGAGGUUGGAUACACCGUUACAGGAGCGCUUGGCCCGAGCACGUCGGACCCAAGAUAUACAAGGUCGAGAUAUCUUGGCGACACCUGUUUCACGUGGUGCGGACCUUGUAGCUGAAGGUACUUUGAAUUCGGCGGGAAGACUGGGAAAGGAUUCUAGGGCCGGGAGAAGGUCAAUGACAGCCCGGGCCGGGAGCGCGCCGAGUGCCUCUGAUAGGAAUAGGAAGAAUGAUCUACCGGCGGGUGAAUGA